AUGGCGGCGGUGCGGCGGGCACUGCCCUGGGCCCUGGCGGCGGCGGCGCUGGCGGCGGCGCUGGCGCUGGACAACGGGCUGGCGCGGACGCCGCCGAUGGGCUGGCUGCACUGGGAGCGCUUCCUCUGCGGCACCGACUGCGCCACCGACCCGCGCCGCUGCGUCAGCGAGUGGCUCUUCGUGGAGAUGGCCGACGUGAUGGCUGCCGAGGGCUGGAGGGACGCAGGCUACGAGUUUCUCUGCAUUGACGACUGCUGGAUGGCCCCGACGCGGGAUGAACGUGGCAGGCUCCAGGCUGACCCAAAACGGUUCCCCAGCGGGAUCCGCAAGCUGGCUGACUACGUCCACUCCAAGGGCCUGAAGCUGGGAAUCUACAGUGAUGUCGGGAACAAGACAUGUGCUGGCUUCCCUGGCAGUUACAACCACUAUGACCUGGACGCCCAAACGUUCGCCUCCUGGGGCGUGGACCUGCUGAAGUUUGAUGGCUGCAACUCUGGCACGCUGGAGCUGCUGGCAGAAGGUUACAGGCACAUGUCUCUGGCCCUGAACAAGACUGGAAGGAGCAUUGUGUACUCCUGUGAGUGGCCUUUCUACUUGAGGCCCAUGCAGCAGCCCAAUUACACGGAGAUCAAACAGUACUGCAAUCACUGGAGGAACUUUUUUGAUGUCUAUGAUUCCUGGAGCAGCAUCAAGAGUAUCUUGGACUGGACAGCACUUCACCAGGACAGCAUUGUGAAGAUAGCUGGGCCAGGGGGCUGGAAUGAUCCUGACAUGCUGGUGAUUGGAAACUUUGGACUCAGCUGGGACCAGGCAGUGACUCAGAUGGCAAUGUGGGCUAUUAUGGCAGCUCCCCUCUUCAUGUCCAACGACCUGCGGCACAUUAGUCCUGAUGCCAAGUGGCUGCUCCAGAACAAAGAGGUGAUCGCCAUCAACCAGGAUCCGCUGGGCAAGCAGGGAUACCAGAUCACCAAGGACAAGAACUUUGAGCUGUGGGAGCGGCCCCUGUCUGGCCAAGCCUAUGCUGUGGCGGUGCUGAACCAGCAGGAGAUUGGGGGACCCCAGAACUUCACCUUCUCCCUCACCUUCCUUGGCAAUGGGCUAGCCUGCAACCCAGCAUGCUCUGUCCAGCAGAUCCUGCCAGCCAGCAGGGACUGGGGGGUUUACAGCUGGGUCUCCUCCCUGAGCGUGGAGGUGAACCCAACAGGCACUGUGCUACUGAAAGUAGUGGCACUGUAGGAGGUGCAAAGGCAAUCUUUUCGUAAGCCUCAGACUCUGUCUAAACUUCUUGUCACAAGAAGCCUGUCUCCUUCCUCCAAGCGGGGUGCCUUUGUUCUCUCCUCAGGCGUUCACUACUCAAGUGCUUCUACGUGGACUUUGAACCUUGAGACUAAUGUGACAAAUACCCAUCACUCCAUCACCAAGAGAUAACAGAGAAAGGGGUGCUGCUUCUCUUCUGUUUACCCUUUUUCUAGCAUCUCACCUAACUCCUUCUCCAAGGGGCUGUAAGGGCCCCAGCAGGGCAACAACUCCUGUUAAUGCCCGCUGCCAACCAAAGAAAUGCAAAGGAUACAUGCAGCAUCUUACAGCUCUCCUUGAGCAUUUCAGGGACAAUAAGGAAACACACCCUGGCUGCCUUGCUCUUGCUUUGCCAGGCUGGGGCACACAGUCCAAGAACAAGAAAAGCUGCUCCUACCCUGCUGAAGAAACCCAACACUCUCCUCAGAGCAUGGACAUCUACUUCCACCUUCUGACAACUCAGGGACUGGCCUAAAUCACUGCACUUCUUAACAACUGCUUUCUUUACAGCUGCCUGCUUAGUAUAAAUGUGAUUAAGUAUCAUGCCUUAGGACUCAGCUUUUGAGGGUUUCUCCUUACCCCAGGAGUCUUCCUUACCCCAGGAGUCUUCCUCCCACCAGUGGCUGUCACUUCCCUUUAGAUGACAAUUCCCUCUCCACCCUUCAUGGGGCCACUGGGGUCCCCUUCCUCAGUGAGCUGCCUUCCAGAAAUACCUGUGUGCUUAGUUUCCACUGCUGGCAGUAGCCUUUAGGUUGAAUAACACAGGUCCUUCUGAGACAGGAGAUGGAUACUUAAUCACUUAUGCAACCAUCCCGUACAACUAUGUUCUCUUCUGACUACUACACAAUCAGGAUGUCUUGAUUUGUUCUUACUUCUGUGAUUAAGCACUUCGAUUAAAAUGUCCCUUAAAAAGGCUAAGCUUUUUCUUAGUUCCACUGUACAGGAGUACAGCGUGGUAUCUGAAAUUAAAUCAGGUUUUAG